AUGAUGCUCGAUUUCAUGCUAAAAACGCCAGAAAUUGAAGAAGCGAAAAAGAUUAUUCUCAUUCAAUAUCCGGGUAUUAUUAAAAACGUCAAUGCUGCUCUUGAAACACUUGGCGGUCUCUCUCAAAUUACCUCGAAAUAUCACAAAAAUCUUCCACUGGAAUUACGACACAAUCCUACGAAUCCUUAUUCAAGUUGCAUUUCUUCAGAAAGGAAAGAUCAAGAAAAUAUUUCAUCGGGCACAAUGCACCUUGUUAUAAAAGUUAAACGGAGAAAGAAAAAACCUGAAGUUAUUAAGACCGAAAUUAUUGGAUUGGUGAAUUCUAUAUUUUCCUUUCAAUCCAUGGCAGAUUUCCAAUAUUUGCCUAUGAAGAAGCGUCCUCAUAGCGAUGGAUAUGAAGAUUUAUUGCCAAGCUUGAUUCCGACCGAUAUGGCUCAUGCCCUCAAUUGGUGGCAAAAUUUUGACCGUCCAACUCCUCUUUUCCUACCGCCUUUUCAGUUCAGCAGAUUUCUGACGCCAUCGACUAAAAUAUUAAUGAGGGAGUAUGAGUAUAUGGACAAAAAACGUUCAGCGAUGAUUGGUGUUGGCCAGAAUAUGAGAAGUGAAAGAAAAGCCUUGACGAUAUCUGUAAAUGCUACUGACGAAUUUCCACAACAACCAAGACCUGAAGCAAUUGAAGAAGCUGAACACAGGUGCAAACAUGAAGAACCUCAUAGGAUUAUUAAAAACUUAUUCGAGGAACGACCAAUGUGGACGAGAAUGGCCAUUUCUUGCAAAACUGGUCUCGAUGAGGGGCUUUUAAAGGGGAUUCUUCACAUGUACGCAUUUUACAUUCAAUCAGGACCAUGGGGAAGACUAUGGUGCAAAUUUGGCUACGAUCCGAGAACUACGAAAGAGUCGAUGCGAUAUCAAACGAGCAUGGUGACGUUUAGACAGCAUGAUCGGAUUCCGGAACGGCAACGGUUAAAAGCCGGUACUGGCGACGGUCCCGGUGGGACAAAUUGCGAUGUUAUAGUCGGAAAGAGCUCAGAAAUAAUUGGAUACGAAUAUAUAAAAGGAACAUUGCCGAAAGUUCGCCAAAUGUGGUAUAGUUUGAUGGAUAUCCAUCUGGAAGAAGUUGAAGAACUUUUGCGACAGGAUUUUUCUGAGCCAGUAAACGUUGCUCGCGAUGGUUGGAUACCGGCAGAAGCGAUUGAAGCUGUCAGAAUUGCCAUAAAAAAUGACGUGAAAUCGACAUCUGAGGAAAUUGAAAUGAAGGUCAACAGUACGCAUUCAGGAGACUUUGAUGAAGAUUUCUAA